AUGGUGUACAUUCGCCAGCAUCAACUACCCAAGCUGCGGGAAUACCGUUAUGCAGGAGUCGAUCUUUCGCUUGUUAGCCGCUAUGUCCUCAAGCCGUUCUAUAAUAACUUUGUGAUCAAGUUCUUCCCUAUGAGCAUGGCCCUUGUUUCCCUCCCCGGUCUUAGUCCUAAUGCCAUUACCCUGACUGGGUUCUUCUUUGUGGUAGUCAACUUCAUCACCAUUCUCUGGUACAACCCGACCCUAGACCAGGACUGCCCGCCGUGGGUCUAUGCCAGUUGCGCCAUCGGGUUGUUCCUUUACCAGACGUUUGACGGCGUAGACGGCAUCCAAGCGCGGAGAACCAAGCAGAGUGGUCCUCUGGGUGAGCUGUUUGAUCACAGUGUCGAUGCAUGCAACACGGCCUUGGGAGUCUUGAUCUUCGCGGCGGCUAUGAACCUCGGCCAAUCUUGGGCAACUGUGUUGACCCUUUUCGGAUCGACUAUGACCUUUUAUGUCCAGACCUGGGAUGAAUACUACACCCAGGUGUUGACUCUGGGAAUCAUCUCGGGUCCCGUCGAGGGUGUCCUCACUCUCUGCGUUGUGUUUGGCUUCACGGCCUACAUGGGCGGUGGCAGCUUCUGGCAUCGCUCCAUGCUGGAGACCGUUGGAGUUCCCAAGUUGGCCUUCAUCCCAGGGCACAUCUACGACAUGGCCUUUACGCAGUGGUAUCUCGUCUACGGCGGAGUCCUCCUGUUCUUCGCCACCGCCUCUAGCAUCGUGCAUGUCAUGCAGGUGCGCCGCGAGCGUGGUCAGGAUCCGAUCAAGCCCCUGUAUGGCCUACUCCCCCUGGUCGCGGUGUGGACUCUUGUGCCGGCUUAUCUUUACCUGCAACCCACCAUCCUGGAGAACUACAUGGUCCCGUUCUGCCUGUACGUCGGCAUGAUCAAUGCGUACGCCGUGGGCAAGAUGAUCUGCGCGCAUCUGGCCAAGGCCAGCUUCCCUUACUUCAACAUGCUCCUGAUCCCUCUUGCUUUGGCAGUGCUCGACAGCGCUGGUGCGGUCUUUGGUUACUGGCCGAGUCUGCUGGGUGACGGAGUGAGGCAGAUCGCUUUCGUCUGGGUCUGCCUGGGUCUGUCGAUCGGCGUUUACGGCAGCUUCGUGCACGACAUCAUCACGACGAUAUGCGACUAUAUUGACAUUUGGUGCUUGACGAUCAAGCACCCUCACGUGGAAGUGGUGACCGCCAAUGGAGAGGCGAAGAAGUCGAACUAAUGAGGUUGCGAAUGAUGGCGGUGAGGGUACAAAAGAAUGGAGUCCAUGUGGAGAACGUCGAAUCGCAAAAGACGGUAGACGGUAGAUUAAUUGGACGGCGCAGCCGUUUGUGCAUCCUGGCCUUGCGCUAUCAGGAGCAUUGGAACCGAGUCGCAAGUCGUCCGGUGUCUGAAUGGCAGGCACAUGUCACCGGACCGGGGAUGUAUGUCAUGGCCGUAUCUAAGCAGCGUAUUGGAUUAGCGAUAGAAAUGUAUUUGUAUGAGAUCAGCAGUUGCCGAGUGGCGACAAUGCGUCAACCACAGUAAUCUCUCUGCCCGUC